UUUGACCUCACGCAAUACAAGCCCAGGCAAAGCUGCCCGAGUUCCGGUUUACGUGAAGAGAAAAACCAUCAUAGGAAGCAGAACAGAAAUGGAAGAUUCCAGCUGUGACCCAUGUGUUGGACACCCUGGGAAGGAGCUGGACUGUACUGAAUAUCCUGGGAAGGAGCUGGACUGUACUGAAUAUCCUGGGAAGGAGAUGGACUGUACUGAACAUCCUGGGAAGGAGAUGAACUGUACUAAAUACCCUGGGAAGGAGACAAUGGACAUGGACCCUCAAGGCAAUAUGGGAAGGCCCAUGGUUAGAAACACUGGUGAGAAACCCUACAUGUGUAAAGAGUGUGGGUACAGUACAACUAACAAGUCUCACUUAUCCCGACAUAUGAGAACACAUACAGGAGAAAAACCCUACAAGUGUGACCAGUGUGACUAUUCUGCAGCUCACAAACCCUCUUUGGACCAGCAUGUGGCAACAAAACACACCGGUCAGAAACCGUACAUAUGUGGGGAGUGUGGAUACAGGACAGCUAGAAAGUACCACCUAUCCCGACAUAUGAGAACUCAUAUGAGAGUAAAACUCUACCAGUGCAACCAGUUUGACUAUUCUGCAGCACAGAACUUCACUAUUGAGAAACGCUCUUGCAAGAAACCCUACAUGUGUGGGGAGUGUGGGUACAGAACAGCUCACAAGUCUCACUUAUCCAGACACAUGAAAAUACAUGUAGGGGAAAAACCCUACAAGUGUGACCAGUGCGACUAUUCUGCAGUACAGAAAUCCACUUUGGACCAACAUUUAGCAACACACACCGGUGAGAAACCCUACAUGUGUGGGGAGUGUGGGUACAGGGCAACUUUAAAAUGCCACUUAUCCAGACAUAUGAGAAUCCAUACAGGAGAAAAACCCUACAAGUGUGACCAGUGUGACUAUUCUGCAGCACACAAGUCUCAUUUAGACUUUCAUCUCACCAAGCACACGGGUGAGAAACCCUACAUUUGUGGGGAGUGUGGAUACAGGACAGCUUACAAAUUCAAUUUACCCAUACACAUGAGAACUCACGUUAACUCUGAAAAUGUGACCAGUGUGACUAUUCUGCAGUAGAGAAAGCUCACAUAUCUCAAGAUAAACUCUACUUGUAUUUGCUGCGAUACUUGUAGGUGCUGUGUCUAUGUUAGGCUCAGAAGGCUUAGUUCAAGGGUUAGGUGUAACAAGUCAAUCGGUGUAAUAUAGCCAGCUGCCGCCGCGCCGCGUGCCUGCGAAGCUGGUGUGUUACCCUGAA